GGUGCUGUCCAUGGUACUGAGAGCGGGAAAGAGAGAGGCGAGAGGAGGAGGGAGGAGGCGUGUUCUUUGUGUUUUGAAGCUUGAGUUAAUCUGCUGUGGCAUCCACUCAGAGAGGAGCCCUACAUCCGAGAACAGCACAGCUCUUGCUCAAGUACGUCCUUCACAAAAACAAGGAAGAAUUCACUUUGCAAUGUCUUCUUCUGAGUGUAUGUGAUUCGUCUUGGAAGACUCUAUGUGCUCGUGUUUUGUUUUGCUCUUAAGCCAGACUUUUCAAAGUGCAUGUGUGCCUGGGAGUCAGGAAGUAUUUCUGUGGUUAUUUCUGUAAUGUUAUCAUGCUUUAGGAGGUUUGUUAUGGACAGAUGAGGUGGAGAGGAUCUUUCCCGACUGGAGUGCUGCACAGACGCAGGGUGCUUAAGAUUGUUUGCUUACAAAAAGCUGCAGGCUACCAUUUUUACCCCUGCAUCUUCCUGACCUCCGGCACCUGGAACCCAUGAAUUCGAGUUUGCUGACUUGCCGAGUGUGACUUUACAAUGGCUUGAAUGUUUCCUGCGGGACUACUAUUGGAACCUCAGGUUUUAGGAGUCUAAAUGGAUUUACACAACCUGCAUGGAGAUAGUUCCUCUACUGCCCUGUUGGAAUGCCUGUAAGCAAUGCUUAGCUCCAAACAGGAAGGUUCUCUUACGUUUUUCCAGUAUGUUGAAGACUGUGGACUAAUAGUGUAUAAAGGAUUGGUCACACAGAACCCCGACUACGUGUGGAAUGAGAAAAGCAGGAUUAACUUUCAGGAGAAAAACGAGAAGAAGCGAAAGCAGGAAGACGCUAUUAAAAGGGGGGAGGAGGUGGUCACAGAGGGUAAGCACCUGCGAAUGGGCUCCAUGAGCAUGCCGGCCCCUGCGGAACAAGAGUCCCAGCCCACCUGCAACACCGGUUUUGCUGUUCGCUCCCAGUCCCUCCACUCAGUGGGAGGAGGGGAACCAGAGGGCAGCCCUACAUCCCGCAAACAGCCCCCACCCAAACCCCGGCGCGACCCUAACACCAAGCUCAGCAUCUCAUCUGAAGCUGUGGACCUCAGUCCCACCACCUGUGGGGCGAUGACUCUAGGUGAUGACUCAGAGAGGUGUGAUGGAACACAAGGCUGCAGUGAGGACUGCAGGAAAGUUCCCCCACCGAAGCCCAAGCGCAAUCCCAACACGCAACUGAGCACUUCAUUCGACGAGUCUUUCAUCCGCAAUCAUUGUUCAAAAGGUUCACCCACCUUGCCAUCCUCAAGAAAUGGCCAGGCUCCAUCUCCGCCCCAGCCGCAGGGCCCACACCAGGACUCAGACUUGGGUGAACCAAUCUACAUCGAAAUGUCUGGGAAUGCGGCCCGGGAACCGGUUCCUCAUUUUGAGGAUGACGAGCCAGGUGAGGCUGUUUAUGAAGAGAUGAAGUACCCAACCCUGGACGAGUACGAUUCGCGCUGGGAUCUGGCGAGCUGUCGCUCGCAAUGUAUCACGCCUUGCCCAUCCGAGAUCGAUAUCUACACUCCUCUAAGUCGCUGCAGCACACCGAGGGGUGUGUUGCUUUGUGAUAUUCCCGCCCCGUUUCCCAACCUUUUGAGUCACAGACCACCUUUACUGGUUUUCCCGCCAGCCCCCGCUCAGUGCUCGCCGAACUCGGACGAGUCCCCGCUUACGCCUCUAGACGUGGCAAAGAUUCCCAAGUUAGAAAACGCUCCUUACAGCAAGUCACCAACUUCAUCUUCUCUGGAAACUUCUGGUUCUGCCUCUACCGCGCACGCCAGGCGUGCUGAGAGGGAGCUAACAGCUACUCCUACAAUAACGGUGUCUGGGCGAUCCUCUGCACCCCCAGUGCCCUGCGCCCCCUACAAAAGUUCCUCCUCUUCACACGGCUUUCAGCGCAGCCACUCGGCAUGCCCCUCACCUGUAAGCAUGGGCCGCUCCCUGACGCCACUCAGCCUCAUGCGGUCGCCACCUCUUGAUGGGCCAUUUCAUGCAGCUGGCCUUCCUCGCAGCGCCUCUGCCACACCUCAUGGAAAAAGUUCACCGCCUCAGGAUCCGGUUUCGGGGGGACGUCACCACGGCUCUAUGCAGAAUGUCUCAGUGGCACGAUCACGGACGCCCACCAGCCCACUGGAUGAGCUCACCAACCUCUUCACCACUGGCAGGAACAUGUUGAAAAAGAACACCAGCAGCAAAAAGAGCAAGGAACUGGGAGAGAGUGAAACCAAGGGAAAGAGCCACAGCUCCGAGUCCAAACGUGAGCACAAGGAGCGGAGCCAUCACAGCAAAGAGUCGAAGCGAGACAAGGACCGCAAGUCACAUCGGCGAAACAGCAAAGACAAAGAGCCGAAUAGCAUCGAAGCCUUAUCUCGACAUGACGGCAAAGACAGUAGUUAUGUAAAUGUUGAGCAUUUGGCCAGAAGAGACAGCAAGGACAGGGGGUGUAGUGGUCCAGAACUUCCUCCCCGACCAGAGAACAAAGAUCGAGGCAGUAGCACGGAGGCACUCCCUCGACGAAAUAGCAAAGACAGAGGAUGCAGCACUACAGAGCCUUCGCACAGGCGGGACAGUAAGGAUAGUAAGGACAGAGGCUGCAACACUGCAGAGCCUGUGCACAGGCGGGACAGUAAGGACAGAGGUUGUAACACUGCAGAGCCUGUGCACAGACGGGACAGUAAGGACAGAGGUUGCAACACUGCAGAGCCUGUGCACAGACGGGACAGUAAGGACAGAGGUUGCAACACUGCAGCAGAGCCUGUGCACAGGCGGGACAGCAAGGACAGAGGCUGUAACACUGCAGAGCCUGUGCACCGACGGGACAGCAAGGAUAGGGGCUGCAAUGGUUCAGACCAUUUGCCCAGACAAGACAGUAAAGAACUGCUAAAAAAUGGUCUGCAUGCCAGACGGGACAGCAGAGAGAAAGUUUGCUAUGGAAUCGAACUGCCUCCCAGAUACGAAAGUAAGGACGUGGGAAGAACUGGACUGGAAAGUCGACGGGACAGUAAGAAUGGUGGCAGGCAUGCCGUGGAAUCCGGUCAGGACAAGGAAAAGAACCACGGUACGGAGAUCAGGAGCAAGGAAAGGACCAGCAAUGGCAACGAUGCAUUGAGCAGACUAGAGUGCAAAGAUAGGGGUGUUCUCGCGAAUGAGGCUUUUUCGCGGUAUGAGGGGAAAGAUAGAAGUAACUAUAGCACCGAGUCGCCCAAAGCACACAACAGGGACACAAAGUCAGGAUCAGCAGUGGUAUCUUCCAUUCGGUCCGGACGGUCUUCCAUGAGCUCGAUGUUGGGAAACUCAAACUCUGAUCUGAAGACAGCUCCAAAGACAGGCCGGUCUUUCUCCACACCAUCUCCAAAAAGCACACCUCAAAGACAGCCUCCUGAUGUCCAAAAGAUGCACCCAUUGCCUUGGUUGUAUGAUGACAGCACCAUGUUGGAAAUGAUUGAGAGGAAACAGCGACUCUGUCGGGAGAUCAGGUCUCAUCAGCGGCUUCCUGAUCGUAGCCCAUGCAAGAAAGAAAGUCUGCCUAACGUGCCCAGCUGGCCGAAAACCAACGGGACGAAGAAGCACGGUCCGCCUCCUUACCCCGCUCAGUCCACUGUGUUCUGGGACACAGCCAUUUGAUCUUCUGGCCCUAGGAGCAGUUUAGGGUCAUAGUAGCAGCAGAUCAGAAAAAGAUGGGCUGGGGUUACCAUAGCAAUAUUUCAAAGGUUGACAUUUAUGAGGUUUUCUUAUCAUUGUUGAUAUCUAAUAUUUUUUUACUCAAUGUGAUUCCUAAAUGACCUAGCAUCCAUAGAUAUUUUCUAAAUUGAAUGGAAUAUCUUUGCAAAUAUAUUAUUUAAUGCAGUCGUUGUUUUUCUAACUUUCAUUUCAUUUAAGUUUCUUUUUACAUGGCAAAACGCAAUCAGUACCUUUGCAUCAAUAGCUUUUACUUGCCUUUCUAUUUUAAGACGACAUUUCUGUGGUAUUUUGCCAUGUUGAAUGAAAUCUGUUGGAUUAGGGCUAGCUUACUUCUCGCUGCCUUUCCACACUUUAUCAGAUCAUUUAUUCGAAUGUUUAUUAUUAAGAAAUGAACAGAUCAAACAUUACUUGAGUCUUUUAGGAAGGAUUUAAUUGUUAUGAUCACACUCUCAUUUCUUCGACCUUUGUAGUCAUUAAAGUAGCAGAGAUUGACAAGUUAGGCUCAGGUCAUUGCACCUGUUAAUAAGGGUAACAGUUUUUCUGUGUGAUUCACACAGUGACCCCUUAAGGGAUGUUUUAAUUUGAUCUGUGUGUAUGUAGAUCUGUAAUAAUGAGGGGGGUUAUCCUCUCUACUUUGGGUCUGUGGCAAUAGCUGGCCAAUGAGAAUCCUCUGAAGUGCACAGUGAGGAUGGUCACCCAGAGAUUAAUGACAAUCUGGAAUAUCAAACUCGGCAUUAUUUAAGAAUUGUGUACAUGGACUGAUAAUUGUGAAGAUUUUUUUUGUGCAGUGGUCUUGUAUAGAAUGACUGUGCCAUUAUUAAUUAUAAUUUAACGGAGUAGAUUGAUUGGAAAUGGACACAAUACUUGUUAUUAGCAACACAAACCAAUGAUCAAUAGCUCUUAGCUAUAUAUAUAUACUGUAUGUAUAACCUAUGGCUGCAAGGCCUGGUAACAGGGAUUAUGGUUGCAUAAACAAAGAGGUUGUACGCAAGAGAGCUGCAAUCCUCUACCACAUAUUGCUUGCCGCUCCCUCUACCUCUUAGAUCAGUUAAUGUGGUCAUUCAUUUGCACAACCAAUGCAACAUCUGCAUUGCCAAAGUACUCGGAUGCUAGUUAUAUCCCUCACCCUUGAUCCUCCCGUUGACCUCCAUGUUUGAACUUGAUGCCUGUACAAAAUGUGUUGCCUUGGAGACCGAUACUCACUGUACUGUAACUGGGUCACACUGAGUCAGAGGUCACAGAGACUGUAAACUAUCAGAUGUACACUUAUAGUACAUCGGUUGCUAGUUGCUAGAAAACAUAAAUCUGGCUAAAGUAGUGUUUGAGAUCCAGCUUGGGUACCCGAAAAGGUUGAGUGAGCUGAUCCUAGAUCGGAGGUUAAGGGGUAGCACUUGGUAUACAGUCUCAAAAACAUGGAGGUUCUGAGAUGUUGUAGCUUGUUUGUUUGUAUGUGUGCCAAGCUACACUGUAUGCAGAUUAACAAUAAAGAUGAUUGUUUGAAAUUCACUCUCUUGUGCCCACUGGGUGCAGUUCAGAAAUGUAAUAAUGUACAAUCUCUUUGUAUGUAAAAUGUGCACUGUGAAAGGUAGAAAGCCUAUGUCCUUUGUCUUAUAUUGCACUGAGUGUUCUCUUAUAUGUACAGUAACAGUUGAAAAAGUAUGCUGAUUGUCACUUUUCAAGAUAAAUAAAUAUAAACCGCAAAUGUU